GGCAGCCAAAACAUUACAGAAUAAUGGGCCUUGAAUGGAAAAACCUAAUUUAUAAAAAACGUAUCAUCUUCAAUCUCAAGCCAUUCACUCGUUAAACCCUAGCCCCGCCGCCCGAUUCUCUCUGUGCACCCAGCAAUGCCGCCGAAGUUCGACCCAUCUCAAGUCGUCGAUGUAUUCGUCCGCGUCACCGGCGGUGAGGUCGGAGCCGCCAGUUCCCUCGCCCCUAAGAUCGGUCCCCUCGGUCUCUCCCCAAAGAAGAUCGGCGAGGACAUUGCCAAGGAGACAUCGAAGGACUGGAAGGGCCUCCGCGUCACCGUCAAACUCACCGUUCAGAACCGUCAAGCGAAGGUAUCAGUCGUUCCUUCUGCCGCCGCUCUGGUCAUCAAGGCCCUGAAGGAGCCAGAGCGCGACCGUAAGAAGGUCAAAAAUAUAAAGCACUCCGGAAACAUCUCCCUCGACGAUGUGAUCGAGAUCGCGAAGAUCAUGAGGCCGCGGUCCAUGGCGAAAGACUUGAGCGGCACCGUUAAAGAGAUUCUCGGGACGUGUGUGUCGGUUGGGUGCACAGUAGAUGGGAAGGAUCCGAAGGAAUUGCAGCAAGAGGUUUCCGAUGGAGAGGUAGACAUUCCUUUGGACUGAAAUGCCGUUUAGAUCUCAAGAGAUAUAGAAACUCUCUGUUUACUUUUUCUUCAUUCCUUGUAAGAGUUUUGGCUGAGAAAAUGUGGUUUUCUCCUUUCAGACUUUUAGCAGCAGCUUCUCCUAUGCUCCACUAUUGGAGUAUUGCUUGAUGAUUGUUAAAAACUGAUGAGACAUUUGCUUGAAUGAAAAAAUGUUUUAUCAGAUAAUUUAAUUUUCAAUUCAUAAUGCAAUCAUACCCUUACCCGAUUGUUACUGCAUUGGGAUUGAAUACAAAUGUGGGAAAACGUUAUAAGUGCAUAGAAAUCUUGCAUGUUGAAUGUAUUUUAUUUCCA